CCUCCUCCGAGCCUUCCUCCAUCCCUCCCUCCACUCCUCCUCCGAGCCUUCCUCCAUCCCUCCUUCCACUCCUCCUCCCUGCCUCCCCCAUCCCUCCCUCCACUCCUCCUCCGAGCCUUCCUCCAUCCCUCCUUCCACUCCUCCUCCCUGCCUCCCCAGCCCUCCCUCCACUCCUCCUCAGAGCCUUCCUCCAUCCCUCCUUCCAAUCCUCCUCUAACCCUUCCUCCAUCCCUCCUUCCACUCCUCCUCCCUGCCUCCCCCAUUCCUCCCUUCCACUCCUCCUCUGAGCCUUCCUCCAUCCCUCCUUCCACUCCUCCUCCCUGCCUCCCCCAUCCCUCCCUCCCGGUCCCUCCUUCCACUCCUCCUCUCUGCCUCCCCAUCCCUCCCUCCGCUCCCUUCUCCUGCCCCCCGCCCCUUCCCCUGCCGGUCCCCAGCACUUGGCUGCUGGUCGCCUCCGUCUCCAACUUCUGCGGCCCUGCCCCCGCCUGCCCCCGCCUGCCCCCGCCCCCCGCGCCUCCCCGCGCCCCCCCGAGCCUCCCCGAGCCCCCCCGCCCGGCCGGCAGCCGCAGAUGCCGCUUCCCCGGCGGCCGCCGCGGCGGCCCGCGGCACCUGCCCGGCGCUGAGCCCCGGGCCCGGGCGGAAAGUUUGGGGCGGCAGCGGGGCCGGGGCGGCGGGCCCCCCCCCAGCCCCCGGCCAUGUUCUCCGUGCAGGAGGCGCUGCCCCGGGGGGGGCUGCCCAUGAAGGAAGAGCCGCUGACGGCCGGACUGCCCUCCGUGAGGUGGCUGCAGAGCACCGGCAUCCUGGACGCCAGCACGGCCGCGCAGAGCGGGGUGGGCCUGGCCCGCGCCCACUUCGAGAAGCAGCCGCCCUCCAACCUGCGCAAGUCCAACUUCUUCCACUUCGUCCUGGCCAUGUACGACCGGCAGGGCCAGCCCGUGGAGAUCGAGCGCACCUCCUUCAUCGACUUCGUGGAGAAGGAGCGGGAGCAGAACGGCGAGAAAACCAACAACGGCAUCCACUACCGCCUCCAGCUGCUCUACAGCAACGGCAUCCGGACGGAGCAGGACCUCUACGUGCGGCUCAUCGACUCCAUGUCCAAGCAGGCCAUCAUCUACGAGGGGCAGGACAAGAACCCCGAGAUGUGCCGGGUGCUGCUCACCCACGAGAUCAUGUGCAGCCGCUGCUGCGACAAGAAGAGCUGCGGGAACCGCAACGAGACGCCGUCCGACCCCGUCAUCAUCGACAGGUUUUUCCUCAAGUUCUUCCUCAAAUGCAACCAAAACUGCCUGAAGAACGCGGGGAACCCCCGGGACAUGCGGCGCUUCCAGGUGGUGGUGUCGACGACGGUGAACGUGGACGGCCACGUCCUGGCCGUGUCCGACAACAUGUUCGUCCACAACAACUCCAAGCACGGCCGCCGGGCACGGCGCCUCGACCCCUCCGAAGCCACCCCCUGCAUCAAAGCCAUCAGCCCCAGCGAGGGCUGGACCACCGGCGGUGCCACCGUCAUCGUCAUCGGUGACAACUUCUUCGACGGGCUCCAGGUGGUCUUCGGCACCAUGCUGGUGUGGAGCGAGCUCAUCACGCCGCACGCCAUCCGGGUGCAGACGCCGCCGCGGCACAUCCCCGGCGUGGUGGAGGUGACGCUCUCCUACAAGUCCAAGCAGUUCUGCAAGGGCGCCCCGGGCCGCUUCGUCUACACCGCGCUCAACGAGCCCACCAUCGACUACGGCUUCCAGCGGCUGCAGAAGGUGAUCCCCCGGCACCCCGGCGACCCCGAGCGCCUGCCCAAGGAGGUGCUGCUGAAGCGGGCAGCCGACCUGGUGGAAGCGCUCUACGGGAUGCCGCACAGCAACCAGGACCUCAUCCUGAAGCGGGCGGCGGACAUCGCCGAGGCGCUGUACAGCGUGCCCCGCGCGCCCGGCCAGCUCUCCUCGCUCGCCGGCAGCCACGGCCCCGCCGGCGUCAUGGGGGUGAACUCCUUCGGCGGCCAGCUGGCCGUGGGCAUCGGCGAGGCGGCCCAGGGCCCCGAGCAAGGCUACGCGCGCAGCACGGGCAGCGCCUCGCCGCGGGGCUACGUGCCCGGCUCCCCGCCGCAGCAGGGCGGCUACGGCGGCACCUCCGGCAUCGGCGGCUACGGCGGCGGCACCAUGGCCGGCCUGGGGGUGCCCGGCUCGCCCAGCUUCCUCAACGGCUCCACCGCCAACUCCCCCUACGCCAUUAUGCCUUCCAGCCCCCCGCUCGGCGCCUCCUCCAUCACCCUCCCGUCGGGCACCAGCACCUCCACCCCCUCCGGCGUCUUCUCCUUCUCGCCCGUCAACAUGAUCUCGGCGGUGAAGCAGAAGAGCGCCUUCGCCCCCGUGGUGCGGCCGCAGCCCUCCCCGCCGCCCGCCUGCUCCGGGGCCGCCGCCGGCAGCCUGCAAGACCAGGCUUUCGAGGACUCGGACAAGUUUCACGCCCCGGCGCGCUCGCUCCAAGGACUGGCCUAUUCCUAAGCGCAGUAAGGGCUGGGGGGGGCCGCGGAGGGAGCCCCCGGCGCGGGGCGGCACGUGGGGCGGGCGCGGGGGGCUGCGCGGGGCGGCCCUGCUGCCCCCUCCCUCGCGCUGCCGCCCGUCCCAGCGCCCGCGCCGCCAUGGCUUCACUCCCAGAUGUUGCGCUCCAGAUGUGGAGCUGCCCCCCCGCCCUGGCCGCUGGCAGGGCUUCCCACCGUGGGGCUGCACCUCCCGCGGACCCCCCAGGCCGGAGGCAGCGGGGGGGGGGGCCGAGCAGCCCUGCACCCACAGGGAUGGGCGGAGCGGCCCCCGGGCCCCCCACCCGCAGCGCUUUCAUGAUUAUUAUCACCACUGUUAUUAUUAAUGUUAUUAUUAUUCUUUUAGCAAGCGGCCCGGCAGCAGGGGGGGCGCUGGGGGCUGGGCCGGAGCCCCCAGCCCCUCACCCGCGUUGGGGCAUUUUUACCUUUCUUUCCAGGCCGGGGGGCAGGGGGGGGCAGCUGUGAGUUUUGUAAAUAAAGAAAAAGGGAAAAAAACCCAGAAACUCAAGCCGCGCUGCCCCUGCGUGCCGUGCCCAUGCACCAUGGCCGUGCGCCGUGGCUAUGUGCCGUGCCCGUGCACCGUGGCCGUGCACCGUGGCCGUGCACCAUGCCUGUGUGCCAUGCCCGUGUGCCGUGGCCACGCACCACGCCGAUGCACCGUGCCCGCAUGCCGUGCCCGUGCGCCGUGCCCGUGUGCCAUGCCUGUGCAUCGUGGCCAUGCACUGUGCCCGUGCGCCGUGCCCGUGUGCUGUGGCCGUGCACCGUGCCCAUGCACCAUGGCCGUGCGCCGUGGCCGUGCUCCGUGCCCGCGUGCCGUGCUCGUGCACCGUGCCCGCGGCGCGAUGGCCGUGCCCCCGCGCACCCCUCCACCGCAAGCACAUGUAAAGCGAAUAUUACCCUCACCGUCCUCGACGUCCGCCCCCGCACUGGCCCUGGGGGUGUCCCGGCGGGCAGGGGGCUCCGGCCCCCGGUGCAGGAGGGCCCCGAGCCGGUGCCCCCCCAGCCCGGUGCCGCUGGCCCCCGCGUCGCUGUGCCGGGCCGGGCGGGCGGGGGGGCUGGCGUUGGGGCCGGGCGGCUCCGCGACGGGGCUGCGGGAAAUGGAAAUAAAACGACUUGCAGAAAG